AUGCCUAUGGAAGAAAUCUGGCAGACGAAACUUCCAACUCUUGUUGAUAGAACCACUUCUAUUUUCAACAGUGAGUUACUGAGCGAUGUAAAAUUUGUCGUUCCGGUGUCGACUGCGGAAAGUGAAAGUAAGAAAGUGAUCCCAGCUCACAAGUUUGUUCUUGCCAUCAGUAGUCCUGUGUUCUUUGCCAUGUUCUAUGGUCAAAUGGCGGAAACUAAAGACUCUGUUGACCUGCCUGACUGUGAGUACGAGAGUCUGUUUGAGUUGUUCCGUUUCUUGUACAGCGACAAAGUGAAUUUAAGCGGAAGUAAUGUGAUGCAAGUGUUGUACUUGGCGAAUAAAUACAUGGUGCCUUCACUCUUUGACAAGUGCACAGAAUACCUUUGCAACAACUUGACAACAUCCAACGUGUUUUGUAUCCUGACACAUGCUCAGAAAUUUGGCGGUAAAUCUUUAGAAGAUCGAUGCUGGGAGGUGAUUGAGCGGCGAACCGAAGAAGCUGUGAUGUCAGACGAAUUUGUUACAGUUAAGCGAUCUGUUGUUGAAUCUGUUGUCAAGAGAGAAGUAUUAAAUGUGAAAGAGGUGGAACUGUUCAAAGCUGUUGAUCGCUGGGCCACAAAGGUGUGUGAAAAGGACAUUCCAAUAGCCCCCAGUGAUGGAGAAGAAAAGAGACGAAUUCUUGGAGAUGAGAUUGUUAAAGCAAUACGGUUUCCACUGAUGUCGGAAGAGGUGUUUAUGUCUGAGGUGCUUAAUUCUCACAUCCUUACUCUUAAUGAGGUUGAAGACAUGAUAAAGCAUUACAGAGGGGUUCUUCAGUCACCUUUGCCGUUUAAGAAAGGCGCGAGGGGUAAAAUUGACUACAUCCGUUGUAACCGAUUUCAAAAGUUUAAUGCUCCGUGCAGUAGAAGCGAUGGUUGGUUAGGUGCCGGGUAUUACAGUGUUACAGUCCCAAGCUCCGGUGGUUCUUGGUCUUACAAUGGUGCAGCGGCUGACAGUGUCAAUUUUACAGUCAACAAGCCAAUCAUGUUACACGGAGUUCAAUACUUCGGUUCUGUAGGUGGCAACUACACGGUUUCCACUGAAGUUAAAGAUACCACCCACAACUCUUGUCUUGGAAAAGAAUCAGGAACUUACACCUCAGAAAAGGAAGACAGGAACAAUUAUUAUGGCUUUGAUGUAUUGUUUGAUCGUCCAGUUUCGCUGGAAGCAAACAAACAGUACACCUUAAUGUCUGUUAUCGAGGGUCCUUUGUCAUGGUAUGGAGCGGAAGGACAAAUGUCCGCUGAGUCAGGAGGGGUGCAAUUCAGUUUCAGUGAUUCAGACGAUGAUUCUAACAGCACCUCGGUUACAAACGGCCAGUUUCCAGUCAUUAUUUUCAAUUAA